UUUUUUCGGUACCGGUGCAUAAAUAAAAUUAAUAUAUAAAAUACAAUCAUGAAUAUUAGAAAUCGAACCAAAGAUGUAGGUCUGGCUCUAUUGAAAUUGGAAAAAUUGUCUCUGCAGAAGUUGCGAAGAAAAAGUACAGUAAGCGGCUCUAAAGAUUCCACCCCUGAAAAUGAAAACUGCAAGAAAUGUAAGCAUUUAAUUGAAAAAUCGUUUAGUAGUGAUAGAGAACAUGUGUUGGGUGUCGCCUUUGUCGACAAGGAUGAAAGGAAAGAUAAAUUGGAAACUAUAGUUGAACAACCAUUGGUGGAGGCGGAGCCUAGAGUUGAGGGCAUGGACGCACCGCCAAAACUGUUUGGUAGCGAACGGUUCAAGCAACCGCUGGACCGUCGACUAAAGAGUUUUGACUUAAGCAAAUUGACUGGAUUAGAUGAUCUCGCCUGUAAGUUGAUGAACGUGCCACCAUCACAAAUUGACAGUAAAAUAUUGGGUACAUGUCUCAGCGCUCGCGUCGUAGACUUUGAUAAAUCACAAACCUAUCCAGUAGUUGAACAUUUUGCAUGCGAUGUACCGGAGUAUAUCGGACAAACGGUUGAUGGUUUUUGUACCAACGAGGAUACGGAUAUUGUGAACAUAGUCAAAUAUUCCAACUUGACGCCGCUCUACUAUAGGAGCUAUGAUCUGCACCUGGAAUCGGAUUCAGAUGAAAAAACAUUUAAAGCUGAGAAAUCACAUCCUCUGCAUCUCGACGUAGAGUUUAAAAUGUCUAUUGAAAAAGAUAUUAUGAUUCAAGAUUUGAAUUUACACUCGUUUCCUAUCAGACAAGAAUUUAUAGCUUACAAUAUGAUUGUACCACCGCCUUUGCCCCCCAAUGACACCUCUAUAUCGAGUCGAAUGGCAGACGAGGAGGAAAUCUACGACAACAACCGCCGUGAUAAGACGAUCCCGCCUUACAUGAGAGAUUCUAAGUUUGGCCGGAAGUCGCAGGAAUCGAGCACAGAACAAAAAAGAAGCGAGGACAGUUACAGAAAUUACUUAUCCACAUUAUCCGAAUCCGCCGCCAUUCAGGAAUCCUUAGGUACGGGGAAAGUCAGCAGAGGCAAAUCCGCGAAGCAGGAAAUUCCCCUCUCUGAGCUAUUAAAGCAAGUGAGACAGAGAAAUAAGAUCGCGCAAGAAAUGGACAAGAAAAAAUUAAAAUUUGAUGCUAGUCGAUUUUUUAGCAAAUCCACGUGCUUCCCGCCGUUAGACCUCCGUCCCAAGUCUGCGACAUGCCCCCCCAAAGCCUGCCCGCCCCGCAAGAAGGAGGCGCCCCCUAGGAAAGCCAUGCCCUGUCCUCCGCCGAAGAAGCCUCCGUGCCCUCCACCAAAGAAGGGUCCGUGCCCGGUUAAAGCUAACCCGUGCGAUCCUUGCAAACCUCCCCCACCCUGUCCUUCUCCGAAGAGCCCAUGUGGCAUGUACACUGGUAAUAAAUUCAAAGACACGAUCACAUUGAUUCUUUGCGGUUUCAAUCCAUGUAACAUUUUACGAAACAACAUUGGGUUACCUCUGCUAUGGAUUUUGUCCAAUAAUCUUGUAAAAGAUACUACAAUCCACACUCUUUCUACUACUUCUAUAGCAAACUCUAAAGCUCUAGCAGUGAAGUCUUCUCACAAAUCUUGUUCUAAGAACACGUCUGAUGAACUAUCUUUUAAAGUUUCUAGAAUUCUGAUGGUUCCUGAUUUAGGAAAAAAACAAAGGGAUAUAGAGAAGGUUUAUUUAGCAAGGAGUUAUGAGCCGUGGGCACCUAUCCCGUCUUGGCCGAUGACCAAAAAAAUGGAAAAAAAGAAAUUGGUUUGCCCCAAGGAAGGUUGCAAGUUGCCCAAAGUUUUGCCCGGAAAGCCCUGCAAGGAGUUCCCGUGCUCUUUCAAUGCUGCUGAUCGAAAACGUUAAGUGAAAUAAAUAAAAUUAUUUGGCAGACAUAUUUU